AUGGGCAAGACAAAGGUUCUCAAGGAGGAAGCCGAAACUUCCCAGGAGGAGCCAGGUGUGGUUUACAUUGGUCACAUACCUCAUGGGUUCUACGAGCAGGAAAUGCGGCAAUACUUCUCCCAAUUCGGACCUAUCAACAAGCUCCGAGUGUCGAGGAAUAAGAAAACCGGUGCUGCGAAACACUACGCUUUCAUCGAGUUCGCCGAGGCCAGCACAGCUGAGACCGUAGCCAAGAGCAUGGACAACUAUAUGCUCUUCGGCCACAACUUGCGCGUGAAGGUGGUGCCACCAUCCCAGGUUCACGAGAGGUUAUGGGAGGGAGCAAACAGGCGAUUCAAGAAGGUGGCAUGGAAUAAGAUUGCUGGGAAGCAGCUUGAGCGGCCAGCUUCCGAGUCCACAUGGACCAACAGAGUAUCAAAAGAGGAGAAGCGUCGCCAAGCUCGGGCAAAGAAGUUGGAAGAGAUCGGCUACGAGCUUGAGGCCCCGAAGCUGAAGGCUGCCAAGGCAACAGAAGUUCCGGCUCUGGAGGCGAGCAAGGAGACAGCGGCUUAA